AUGUCGAAGAGAGGUGCUGAAGGAGAUCUAAACGAUCAAAAUGGACCCAAUACAUCAGUAAAAGUUUCUGAGGAUUCAAUUCCUCACAAUAACCGAGUAGAGGAAAGUGGUAAUGGUAAUGGUGACGGCGAUGAUAUGGAUGUCGGUGGAUUUGAAGAUCCAUAUGGAGAUGAUUUUGAGAGUGACGAAGAUAUAAUUGAACUAGACGAUGAUAACGAAGAGCAAGAGGAGGCAGAUGAAGAACAAGUUACGAAAAAGAUUGAAGAAAUUGAAGCAAAAGAAAAGAAGAAUGUUGAAGCAGAGUCCUCGAUAUAUUUGCCACAUAGAUGCAGGCCACUCGGUCCCGAUGAAGUUUUGGAGGCAGAUCCUUCAGUUUAUGAGAUGUUGCAUAAUAUUAAUCUACCUUGGCCGUGUUUGACUUUGGACAUUUUACCAGACAGUUUAGGAAACGAAAGAAGAAAUUACCCUGCAACUGUUUACUUAACAACUGCAACUCAGGCAUCAAAGAGCAAAGACAAUGAACUAAUAACUAUGAAGGCUUCCAGUUUAGCAAAGACAUUGGUUAAAGACGAUAAUGAUGAAAAUGAUGAUGAAAAUGACGGUGACGAUGAUGACGAUGAUAUGGAUGCUGAUCCCAUCUUGGAUACAGAGACUAUCCCCUUGAAGCAUACAACUAAUAGAAUCAGGGUGAGUCCACAUGCCCAACAAACCGGUGAAUUCCUUACGGCGACAAUGUCCGAAAACGGAGAAGUUUACAUAUUUGAUUUAUCGGCUCAAUAUAAGGCCUUUGAUACACCGGGAUUCGUAGUUCCCAAGCCUUCUAAAAGACCAAUACAUACUAUACGAGCCCAUGGAAACGUUGAAGGGUAUGGUCUAGAUUGGUCGCCUUUAAUCAACACUGGGGCGUUAUUAACUGGAGAUAUGUCAGGAAGGAUAUAUUUAACUAAUAGAACAACAGCAAACUGGGUGACUGAUAAAACACCAUUUUUCACUUCGCAAUCUUCAAUUGAAGAUAUACAAUGGUCAACGGGAGAGAACACCGUAUUUGCAACCGCUGGUUGUGAUGGAUAUGUAAGGAUAUGGGAUACUAGAUCUAAAAAACACAAGCCAGCUAUUUCUGUCAAGGCAUCUGAAUCAGAUGUUAACGUCAUUUCAUGGUGUUCCAAGAUAAAUCAUCUAUUGGCCUCGGGUCACGAUGAUGGUACAUGGAGUGUUUGGGACUUGAGAAAUUUCACACAGGCCAAUGUAUCUCCCGUGGCAAAUUACAAUUUCCACAAGGCGCCAGUGACCUCUAUAUCAUUUAACCCCUUGGAUGAAUCGAUUAUCGCAGUUAGUUCGGAAGAUAACACUGUGACAUUAUGGGAUUUAGCAGUUGAAGCUGACGAUGAAGAGAUUUCACAACAAAGAAAAGAGUUGGAGGAGUUACAUGACAUUCCACCACAAUUAUUGUUUGUACAUUGGCAGAAGGAUGUCAAAGAGGUUAGAUGGCACCAGCAAAUUCCUGGAUGCUUGGUUUCUACUGGAGGUGAUGGUUUGAAUAUUUGGAAAACCAUUUCUGUUUGA